GUUCAGUGCUAAAGAAUCGCAGCGACGGUUGCACGCGCGGAUUUGAAUUUUGAAUUUCGAACUUGGAGUGUUUUAGUGUUGUGGUUGUGUUUUUUUUUGGAUUGGUUGUCGUGAAUAGGGUUGGCGAAGUUUAAAUUCACGUCCCAUCAGUGGACCCAAGCCUUUGAGGAUCGUCAGAUUAGACCGUAACCUAACGGACUCCCAUAGUCUUCAUCAGAUCAUCAUUCAAUCAACGCUGUUUUAAGCACCAUGCCAGCUUACGACAACGCUGGCGCCACCAUCUCCCUCGAGGAUGUCAGGGACCCAGAAGCUGGCACCGACGACUACGAGAUAACACAAAGAAGACGUAUCCAGUUUAAGACUCAGAAGUCCACAUUAACCUCUCGAAGACAGCAGGCGGUAUGCGUCAGAAGGGCGUACAAGCGAUAUGGUUCCAAAAGUAGCCCUAAUGUCAUUCUCGACGGACUGAAUAUGACCGUGCCUAAGGGAGCCAUAUACGGUCUCCUAGGCGCCUCAGGAUGUGGGAAGACAACUCUCCUGUCUUGCAUCGUUGGACGCCGUCGGCUGAACUCUGGAGAGAUUUGGGUGCUCGGAGGCCGGCCUGGGAGCCGCGGGAGUGGGGUCCCGGGACCUAGGGUUGGGUACAUGCCUCAGGAAGUGGCGCUGUUUGGCGAGUUCUCUAUUAGAGAGACCAUGAUCUACUUCGGCUGGAUAGCUGGGAUGACGACGAGCGAAGUCGAUGAGAGGGUUGACUUCCUACUGACCCUGCUACAGCUGCCUCAUCCCACCAAGCAAGUGAAGACCCUGUCAGGAGGUCAGAAAAGAAGGGUAUCCUUGGCUGCGGCUCUCAUCCAUGAGCCUGAGCUGGUGAUCCUGGAUGAGCCCACCGCUGGAGUCGACCCUGUACUUCGACAAAGCAUCUGGGAUCAUUUAGUGGAGAUCAGCAAAGGAGGCAGGACCACAGUAAUCAUCACAACCCAUUACAUCGACGAAACAAAACAAGCUAAUAUUAUUGGCUUGAUGCGAGGAGGUCGCUUCCUUGCCGAAGAAUCUCCCACCGAGCUGCUUCGUCGCUACCAGGCCGAUAAUCUUGAGGACGUGUUCUUGAAGCUGGCAGUUCUGCAGAACAGGGGCAAGAGGCGCCGCUCUAGCAUCCUGGAAGACAUCGUGAAGAAGGUGGAAUUGCCGUCUUUGCCGGACCCCGCUGUGAUCGAUCUAGAAGAGGACAUCGGCGAGAUCUCCGGAGAAUUCGGAGAUAACGUUUCGAUGAGCAGCAAAGGUCGCGUAGUCGUCACCCCAGACAUCGCCCCCCUAGAAGCCUUGCCUCCGGAAGAUAACCCUCCUAUCGGCUGCCUGGAGAGAAUAAAGCCGAUGAGAUGGAGGCACAUGAAGGCAUUACUGUGGAAGAACUUCUUGACUCUCUUUAGGAAUUACGCUCUCCUCGCCUUCAUCGUCGUCCUCCCGCUCUCGCAAAUGGUCCUCUUCUGCAUCGCCGUCGGCCACGACCCCCAAGGCCUGCCCAUGUGCGUUGUCAACCACGAGCUCGGAGAAAACAACACCAACACACCCUGUGACUGGGACAAGAAAUGUCCGCUGGACCCGGAGACGUAUGAGUGGGACUUGAAACGGUUCAGCUGCCAGUAUUUGGACUUCUUUGCGAAGCGACAGCCUAACCAGAUCUAUUACCCAUCGAAGGAAGUAGUGAUGGACGCAGCCUACCACGGCAAGUGCCGGGUGGUGCUGAUCUUCCAAGCCAACUUCUCCACCAGCCUGAUGGACCGACUCCGGGACCCGCGACAUGCGACCGAUAUCGAAAUUUACAACUCCGAUAUUGAAGUACAUUUGGAUGAUACAGACAAGCAAGUGCAGUGGAUGUUGGCUCGCGACAUUCAGCUCGCCUUUGGAGAAGCCACCCAGAACCUCGCCAAGACCUGCCAGCUGCCGACUCGCCUACUCUCCAUACCUGUUUACAUUAACGAACCACCCGUAUAUGGAAUCUCUUCACCAGAAAUGACUGAUUUCGCCGGACCUGGAGUUAUUUUGACGAUUGUCUUCUUCUUGGCUGUCGCCCUGACAACGAGCUCUAUGUUGGCUGAACGGAACGAAGGCAUCCUGGAGAGGUCUCUAGUGUCCGGAAUUACAGGCACGGAGAUCCUAUUCUCGCACGUGUGCAUCCAGAUGUUCAUGAUGAUGACCCAGGCCGCCGUGGUACUGUUCAUUGGCUUCGUGUUCUUCGACCUCACCAACAACGGGCCCCUCGGCUGGAUCAUUUUGUUGACGGUGCUUAAUGGCUUCUGCGGAAUGACUUUCGGUUUCUUCGUGUCCUGUCUCUGCGACACCGAGAGAACCGCCACGUUCAUCGCAUUAGGAUCAUUCCUGCCCAUGAUGUUGCUAUGCGGCAUCGUCUGGCCUAUUGAAGCUCUCCACGAGUGCCUCCAAUGGAUCAGCUACGUGCUCCCUCUUACCAAGUCCACGGAAUCCCUCCGUUCCAUGCUGCAGCGUGGUUGGACCAUUAACAUGCCUAUGGUCUAUAACGGCUUCCUUUCCACCGGCAUAUGGAUUGCCCUGUACUUGAUAGGCAGUAUUCUUUUGAUUAAGUUUAAGAAGGGUUAGUUAUUUGUUAGGUUUUUUAUAUUUAUUUUAUUUAUCACGGACAGUUUAACUACUAGAUCAGGGGUCAAACUUUUUUAUUUGAAGGCCAUAUUGCGCCUCAGAAAAUUUGGCUCGGGCCACCGUCGUUUUUUGCGCCGGAGGAGGGUGUCUGGUUGCUGCUGUUAGGAACAGUUCCACUCUCAAUGAAUGCUGAACCCCGCGGACCAGAUUGUGAACGCGUCGCGGCCCGGAUUUGGCUCGCGGGCCGGGGUUUUGGAGAAUAUUAUGGAUAGAUUCGUGUGUCACUUUUUAACAAUGCGAUUGAAAGAGACAGAGGGCCUAACGUCGAACCACGUUCGAGGUGUUGCCUGUCACACUUACGUACGAAUUUACAAGUGCGACAGAGAGGCAAUACGUCGAACGCGGUUUGCGGUAGGCCCUCAGAGACUGCCAGCAUCACGCUAUCACGUAAACAAAUAUGGCCAUCGUAGGUAUCGCUCGAGCCGAAAUACUUUUCGAAUAAAAAAAAAUAGGUAUGUGAUGAACUCAAUACUUAAUGUGAUGCGGAGUCUAGUAAAUAUAUAGUCUGUGUUAUUUAUUGACAUUGUACUUAGCUAUUUUGGUUAUAUGCCAUUAUAUUUCAAAUAAAUCCGUCCUCGUAAUAAUUUUAUGUUUGUAUUUUGUGUAUAUUUUCUCUUUCUACAAUAAUUAGUUAUUUUUUUUGUUUUGACACAAUAAAAAUAGCUUUAAGAAUAUCGUAGAAUAAGUAGUUGUUUUUAAUAUCAAGGGCAAUACGCUUUAAUAACUGAAUCAAACAAAUAAUAAUAAAUAAUAGAAUAGACUGAAUGAAACUAUUAUCAUGACUAUUCAUGACAAUUAUAAUGACAAUAUUGUCAAAAACUAAUGGUGAUUAUGUGAAAUAAUUUGGACAGUCUUGGUGGGGUCACUACGAUGCCCCUAUAUUUUAAAAGUUAGUUUAAGGUGUUUUAUUUUCAAAGAAAUCAAUCGUACAAAUAUAACGUAAUUUCGUAAAAAAAGUGUCACUAAGUGCCAUUUUUUGUAAACAGUACCUAAAUGCAAAAAAAUAUUUAUUAAAUUUAUAAAAUCCGGCCAGUUGGCAUUUGUAACAUCACAUUUCAAUCUGUUUUAUGUUUACUAAUUUAAAUAUCUGACAUUUAUAAUUUAUGAAAUAUUUGUUUUAUUUUUUAUUUUGUGUAUGUAGCUCGCACAGCCGCAAGUUAUAUUUUAAAACUAAAUUUAAAACGUCAACCAUAUUUUAAUUCUUACGCAAUAAUUUUCAAAUAGAUUUUCCAACAUCACAUGCGGUUGUUUCAGAAAAAAAGCAUUUUCUCGUAAGGUCGAGGGAGUUUUGUGUUAAAUUCAAAAGUUUUUUAAAUUUCUGAUUUAGAUUACCUAUUCAUUAGAAGUAGUUGAAGCUUCGAAUUGAAUUUGUACUCUCAAAAGUACGCUGGGACUUACGAGGAAAAUUUAUAUUUUCCUAUAAAUCACAAGGAUGAAGGUGGAAGGUGUCACUGUAAAUAGGACUUUAUUGGUUUGAUAAUGGGUGUUAUUUUAGAGUACAAUAGAAUUAUAAUGGCUCAAUUAGAUAUUGUUGGCAUUGUGAUAGUAAAGUUAAGGUUUUGUAAAUAAAAGUGGUUUAGAAAUCAAA